AAGAGAAUCGAGCAAGCACAACUGCACAAGUAAGUAAGUAACUAGCAUCUCUCCCCUUCCCCUGUUCCUUUGAAUAUCACUCUUCUCCUUCUUCACCACCCCAAAAAUACCUUCAUCUCUUUAAACUCUUCUUCUUCUCUUUCUCUCUCUCUCUCCUGCUAUUAUCAAAAUUCACAGGAAAAAUGAACAGAUUAAGAUGGGUAAUGGAAGGAGCAGAAUUCUGGGAAUUGGAUGUAUCAACACCCAUUACAAUGGAUGGUGUGGCCCGACCCUUACCCAAUGAUGGCCCACUUCCAUUGGGCCUUUCAAGGGGUACCCGGCUUUCCAGGCCCAAACAGAUCGAUUUCUUUCAGAGAUUCAUGGCUGCUCUCGUUGUUCCUUCUUUUUCCGCCGGCAAUGGUUUCUCUAUUCAACGUGCUCUCACUAUUCCCUCUGGCAAUGACUGGUUUACCACUUUGUUGGGUCAGUUCAACUUGCAACAGUUUGUGUCUUCUGUCAGAAAGGCAAAGUUAGAGGAGCGCUCAGAAUCAUCCUGGCUGCAAACCAUCGGAAGGCACUUAUCUGAGAAAUCGUUUUAUGCAUAUGGUUUUUGUUCAGAGUUCCUUGUAACACCUGAAGAUAAACUGCACUUUUCUUAUGAAGCUAGAGGUGACAGGAAAACUGCUCGGAAAAAGGCAGUUUUUAAUCAUAAGUUUCCUCAUCUUGAUUUGACAAUGGAGGGAGUUUGGCCUGGACUUUAUAUUGACAAGUAUGGAGAAUACUGGGAAGUACCAGUUACACUGGCAGCUGAUCUGGCUUCUGUCACUUCUGACUCUGGUGGUAGCUACCACUUGUGUUUGCAGCAUAUAUCAGGUUUAGCGAAGCCAGUUGAAGGGAACGAGUCCACUGAAGUUCCUACCAAUUUACUUCCUGGUCUCUAUCUUAAAAGUGCCUUUUCCUUCAAGAAGAAUAUAGACUUCUGGAGAAGUGAGGCAAAGAAGCUAAAAUAUGUUCAGCCCUAUGAUUUUUUUCUAUCAGGUCCCCGUAUCUCUGGCACAGGUAUUAUUGGUGUUGUCGCAACUGCAUUGGUUGGAGAUAACUCACAAAGAUCACCAUUAGAUGAUCAGCCAAAGGAUUAUAAGCGCUUCGACCUUUAUGCAUCUAUGGGGAGAUCUGCAGUCCUUGCAGACUUGUUUGCAUCGUUAGCAUUCUCAGCCCAGUAUGGAGACUUCCAAAAGAAGGCUUUUGAUCUUACACAGAUCCAUGGCCGGUUAAAUUUUCCUUCAGGUUCCAAGUUCUUUUCAGCUGCGACAUGUUUGGCCCAAAACCUUUACAAGUCUGAACGGCCAUCCCUUGAAGCAGUACAGGCAGCCUGUCCGAAUGCCACAUUAUCUCUUCAGCAACAGAUUGUAGGACCCUUCAGCUUAAGAGUUGAUUCAGAAGUUGCUGUAAAUUUAAAAAACCAGGGAUGGAAGGUAAAUUUGGACAAUCCUGUAAUUGCAAUCGAAUAUGCUUUACAUUUACUUGGCUCUGCAAAGGCCGUUGCUUGGUAUGCACCAAAGCAAAAGGAAUUCAUGAUGGAGCUUCGGUUGUUCGAGAUAUAGAUCUUCCUCUUCUGUUAGACAUCUUGAACUCCCAAUUGUAUUGACUUUACAGUUAUGGAAUGGAAAGCAAGUUGAGCUUUCUUUUGGCAA